UCUUUGGCCUUUACCCUGUCAUAUUUUUUUUUCUUUAGCGGACGGAGAGAAUUUAUCUGAAAUUUCUUGCCCUUCAAGCCAAUUAAUUAUAACAAAUACGCUUAAAAGUCAAAACCCAAAACCCAUUCCAUCCCCCUUUUUUUGUGUUCAAAAGAAAAUGGCAAAACCAUACACAAUGGGACUAAGCUCAGUUUUUGCUGCAGCCUCCGCUGCUGCUGCUUCUGCUUCUAUUUUGCCCCAAGCUAAUAGCAACGCCGCUUUUGCUGAUGGACCCUUCGAUAUUAAUUCUAUUUCUUCUUCUGGUUCUCCCCAGUCUUCUCCUGCGCAAUUGCAAUCACAGCCGUCUGCUCAGCCAGCAGCUGCUGCUGAUAAGGAGACUUCUGGGAAUGUUAGGGUUAGGAAUGAUAAUCCGAGGACGUCUUCGUCUGGGUUUGAUCCUGAGGCUUUGGAGAGAGGAGCCAAGGCCUUGAGGGAAAUCAGCAGCUCCUCUAAUGCCAAAAAGACUUUUGAACUAAAGAAGCAAGAAGAGACAAGUCAGGCCGAGUUGGCCGAAAGAGCUGCAGAGUUUAAGGCAAUGCAAGCCCAAGCUGAAACUGAGAGACAAAGGGUCAUAUAUGAUGAACAGAAGAAGUUAACUCAGCAUCAAGCCCAGACGAAGUCACAGAUGGCUCGAUAUGAGGAUGAGUUGGCAAGGAAGAGGAUGCAGGCAGAAAAUGAACACCAAAGAUCAAGGAAUCAAGAGCUAGUAAAACUGCAGGAGGAAUCAGCAAUUAGACAGGAGCAGGCUCGACGAGCUACAGAAGAACAAAUUCAGGCACAGCUGCGACAAACAGAGAGGGAAAAAGCUGAUAUCGAACGUGAAACUAUCCGAGUGAGAGCUAUGGCCGAAGCAGAAGGAAGAGCUCAUGAAGCAAAGCUUGCUGAAGAAGUUAAUCGGCGCAUGCUCAUAGAUCGUGCAAACGCAGAAAGAGAGAAGUGGGUUGCUGCAAUAAAUACUACUUUUGACCAUAUUGGAGGUGGCUUGCGAGCCAUUUUGACAGAUCAAAACAAGCUGGUUGUGGCUGUUGGGGGGGUGACUGCUCUUGCAGCAGGAGUCUACACCACCAGAGAAGGUGCAAGGGUGAUUUGGGGCUAUGUGGAUAGAAUACUGGGACAACCAUCACUUAUCAGAGAAUCUUCCAGAGGAAAAUAUCCUUGGUCCGACAUGCUUACAAGGUCUAUGAGCACUCUAUCUCGCAGUGGCGAUAAGGUAUCACCUUCAAAAGCUGGAAAUGGCUUUGGUAAUGUGAUUUUACAUCCUUCUCUUCAAAAAAGAAUUCAGCAGCUAGCUGGUGCAACUGCCAAUACAAAGGCCCACCAAGCACCAUUUAGGAAUAUGCUUUUCUAUGGCCCUCCAGGAACAGGAAAAACGAUGGCUGCAAGAGAACUGGCUACUAAAUCUGGGUUAGAUUAUGCAUUGAUGACGGGUGGAGAUGUUGCUCCACUCGGAGCACAAGCGGUUACCAAGAUACACCAGUUAUUUGACUGGGCAAAGAAUUCCAAGAGGGGCUUGUUGCUGUUCAUCGAUGAAGCGGAUGCAUUUUUGUGCGAACGUAACAAAAACUACAUGAGCGAAGCUCAAAGAAGUGCACUCAAUGCCCUUCUUUUCCGCACAGGUGAUCAGUCCAAGGACAUAGUCCUUGCCCUUGCUACAAAUCGUCCUGGUGAUCUUGAUUCAGCUGUCGCUGAUCGUAUUGAUGAAGUAUUGGAAUUUCCUUUGCCCGGGGAAGACGAACGCUUCAAGCUAGUAAAGCUCUAUCUAGACAAGUACAUAGCUCAGGCUGGCUCGAGAAAACCUGGUGUGAUUCAGAAUAUCCUCAAAAAGCAGCAGCAGAAGAAGAUCGAUAUCAAGGGACUGACUGAUGAUAUCUUAAGAGAAGCCGCCACUAAAACCGAAGGAUUUUCCGGAAGGGAAAUAGCCAAACUGAUGGCUAGUGUUCAAGCGGCUGUUUAUGGAAGUGAGAAUUGUGUGCUUGACCCAACCCUAUUUCGUGAAGUGAUGGAUUAUAAGGUUGCAGAACAUCAACAAAGAAGAAAACUGGCGGCUGCCGAUGCAGGUCAGGUUUGAUUUAUUUUCAAGUUCUGUUCGUUGAAUUCACAGAGGUGGCAAAUUUUGGCUAUAACUGUUUA